GCCAAUUCCUUCCCCGGUCAUGUGCGGCAUCUUCUUCUCGCUUUGCCGCGCCCGUUGUGUCUCGCCAGACACGGGCACUGCUCGCCUGCUAAGCAACCGCGGCCCGGACAGCUUCGGCACCCAUCAGGUGCGCGUGCACGCUGAUGACGACGUCCACUAUGAAGCUACCUUCGUCUCGACAGUGCUCUCGCUGAGAGGCACUGCUGUCGCCGAACAACCUCUGAUUGACGAGGCAUCGGGCUCGGCACUCUGCUGGAAUGGCGAGGCUUGGAAGUAUGCGGGCCAGCCUGUUACCGGCAGCGACUCGCAGCUCGUCUUCCAGAACCUCCUUCAGGCAUGCACAGCAAGCACUAGCGGAGAAAGAGGGCUUGCGCAGGAUCAGACUAUCAGGACGCUGUUCUCCAUUGGAGGACCGUAUGCUUUUGUGUUUUAUGAUGCGAGAAACAAGUACUUGUACUAUGGCCGCGACUGUCUCGGACGACGCUCACUCCUCAAAAAACAUAGCUCGGGCGACGAAUUGAUCAUCUCUAGCGUCUGCGACAAUUCCACAGGCGAGGACUGGGUCGAGGUAGAAGCUGAUGGCAUACGCGUCGUUGACCUCUCGCAACUGCCAGCUGAAGGUCCACUUCCCACUUCGCAUAUACCUCACUGUCGUCAGUGCACUCACGUCGGCCAGCUUCACUUUAAUGUUCCGUUUCCUCGAAUGAACCACACAAUACCUACUUCAGGCUUUGGUGUUCGCCCAACCCUUCAAACUGUCAACCAGCUACAAGCAUCUCUCAACAGCUCGCUUACGCUGCGAGUGCAGCACGUAAGAGAAGCAAGAGACUUAGCGCAAGGUGGACAUCAGUCAUUAGACGAAGCCAGAGUCGCGAUACUAUUCUCGGGAGGUCUUGAUUGCGCCCUGUUAGCAAGAUUGGCUCACGAAUUUAUCCCUCUCGAACAAGGCAUCGAUCUACUGAAUGUAGCUUUUGAGAACCCUCGCGUCCACAACAAACUCGAACCAAACGAGUCGCCGUAUGAGCUCUGUCCGGAUCGGAUCACAGGUAGAGCAUCACACGCCGAGCUAAUCCGGGUCUGCCCCGGUCGCACCUGGCGCUUCGUGGAAGUCAAUGUUCCCUACAGCCAGACUCUAGCCCACCGAACCGAAGUUAUGGCCCUAAUGCAUCCACACAACACCGAGAUGGAUCUGUCCAUCUCCUAUGCACUGUACUUCGCGUCACGUGGAUCUGGCGUUGUACGCGACGUGCAGGGCACGACCGCACCAUACAGCACUCCCGCUCACGUGCUGCUGUCUGGCCUCGGCGCCGAUGAGCUUUUUGGUGGUUAUGGGCGCCACGCAGUCGCGUUUGCUCGCGAAGGGUACGAGGGCUUGUUAAGCGAGCUGAGCCUCGACUUCGACCGCAUCGGAAAGCGCAACCUUGGGCGCGAUGACCGAGUCAUCAGCGACUCAGGAAAAGAAGUCCGCUUUCCUUAUCUAGAUGAGGCGUUCAUCUCCUUCGUACUUUGUCUACCUGUUACCUCGAAGUGCGACUUCGCCGUACCACAAGACAAAGACUCGGAAUACCCGGGCACGCUUUUAGAGCCUGGGAAGCGGGUACUGAGGAUGCUCGCAUGGCAUCUUGGUAUGAAGGGUGUGGCAGCGGAGAAAAAGCGCGCCAUCCAAUUUGGCUCAAGAACCGCUAAAAUGGAGACUGGCAAGACGAAGGGAACGCAGGUGUUGACCUAGGAGUUGGAUGAACCUGAGCGCGAAUCUGCUGCGCCGGUGAACCUCCAAUACUCAUGCUUGUCAUCUAUGUACUCGGCGCACGAUGAGUUGCGUCACCGGUUCUAUGUAGUCUUUAUAACCACGGCU